GUUGAAAGAAAGUAAUUUCGUGCAAAUAUAGAGGCGAAAAUAGAAAUAGAGAAAAGAAGAGGGAGUUGGGGAUGCAAAAGCAAUAAAUGUUUUCAUAAAUUCCACACGGUUUCUCAACUUUCUACAAUUUCGGCCUCCUUUCCUGCAUGUGCCCCUCCUCCACUUUCUCACUCCUCAAUUCACUUUCUCUCUCUUCUUUUUAUUUAUCUUUUUUAACCUUUUCUUCCUGUUUUCUUCCUUCGCUGCAACCUCGUCUUUCGUGUUGAUUCUGAGGGAGAGAUUCAACGGUGGUCCAGCUUUCUUCCUCCUCCAAAUACACCUAUAUAAUCAAGAAGCUGAUUAGCAAGGUUCCGUUUGGAGAUCGUUGUUGCUUUAGCUCUGGUUUAUUUUAGAAAUGGUCUCCCAAUCAUGGUUUCGUAAUUUAUGGACAAACUCCAAAAAGAACGAAUUCCAUGUCGAGAAGUCACAGAUUGCCGUUUUGGCUUUCGAAGCCGCCAGCUUGAUGACCAAACUCCUACACCUCUGGCAGUCCCUAACCGACAAACAAGUCGCGAAAUUAAGAGAAGAUGUAUCAAACUCGGCCGGAAUUAAAAAACUCGUCUCGGAAAACGACGACUACAUCGGCCGAUUGAUAUGCGCGGAAUUCACGGAGAGCUUAGUCCACGUGGCGCGAGCUGUCGCCAGGCUGUCGAAGAAAUGCAACGACCCCCUCUUGAAGAGCUUCGAGCAAGCCUUCAUCGAUUUGGUCAGGGCUGGCACCGAUGUGUACAGCUGGCAAUUCUCGUGGAAGAAAAUGGACAGAAAAGCCAAGAAAAUGGAGCAAUUUAUCAUCACGAAUACCAAUUUGUAUCAAGAAAUGGAAACACUUGCUGAUCUUGAACAAGCAUUAAAAAGAAUGAAGGGCAAUGAUAAUGUAGAUAGCAUAACAUUGGUCGAAUACGAGAAGAAGUUUGCUUGGAAGAAACAAGAAGUGAAGCAUCUUAAAGAAAUUUCUCUCUGGAGUAGAACUUACGAUUACACGAUUCUCCUUUUAGCGAGAUCUUUAUUUACUGUAUACGUCAGAAUCGGACAUGUUUUCGGAAUCAAUCAUUUCGCAGACAUUGUGGCUAAAGAUUCUAGCAGAAGAAAUAGCCAAUCGACUGUGUUCAUGCAUUCGUCCGUUUACCCUUCGGAGAAUUACAAUUACGUGCCUCGAUUUUCAACGGGCCCGUCUGGGAAGUCAAUCACUCAAUCGGGCCCACUCUUGAGGACGAACAUUAUUGGCCAAAAUUUCCACUCGGGCCCACUUGGAAACUCGAAUAGUACUUCGAGUCCAAUCUCCGGAAAAUAUAACGGUGCUGGAUUCUACUCCGGUCCAAUAGGCAGGUCGCCCACAAAACGUGACCCUAUUUCAAGAGCAAGCAAAAGCGCAUGGAGGUUGUGGCAGUUUCGUGAUAAAGAUAAAUCUCACGGUUCAAGAGAGAAUAUUCCUCAAAAACCCGAUGGAGCAACCCAAGAUCCAGGACCGUUUACUGUUUACGGAAACUCGAGCGACGUAAACAUUUUCGAAGCCGCUUCUUCGAAGAGCAAACUACUAAAUCCACCGCCUGAAACCCUCGGAGCUGCUGCAUUAGCACUCCACUACGCGAAUGUGAUUAUUUUUAUCGAGAAAUUGGUGGCGGCCCCACACUUGAUAGGGAAAGAUGCGAGGGAGGAUAUGUACAAUAUGCUGCCAGCUAGCAUAAGGGCAGCUUUGAGGGAAAAACUGAAGCCCCACGCAAAGAGCUUGAGUUCGUCGAUAUACGAUACGGCUCUUGCUGGAGUGUGGAACGAUGCCAUGCAGGCGACGCUCGAUUGGCUGGCUCCGCUGGCUCAUAACAUGAUUAGGUGGCAGUCGGAAAGGAGUUUUGAGCACCAGAGCUUGGUUUCGAGGACGAACGUGCUUUUAGUACAGACGCUUCACUUUGCUAACCAGGAGAAGACUGAGGAAGAGAUUACGGAGCUUCUCGUUGGUUUGAACUAUGUGUCGAGCUUCGGUAGAGAGAUUAAUGCGAAAGAGUUAGUGGAGGAGGGUGCUAGUGGCAGAACUUUCGAUGAAUAUGUGGAGUGAAGGGCGAAAGGGUCUUUUUUCCUAAUGACCAAGAUUAAAAAGGUUCAACGAGUCUACGCACAGUUGUUGAUUUGGAAAUGACAACCUUAGAUGGGGCCCGCAAUCGAUGAUGUUAUGUUUUUUUUAAACCGGGCUGUCGAUUUUUUGGUCGUUGUAUAGACACGGCUAACGCUCAAUGAAGGCGUAGUGUGUGGGUUAACCCCUUCACUAUGACUACAAGAAAGGGUUAUCCUUAAUUAAGAUAGUCUAAAAAUGUUGGAAAAUUGAGGAGUUCUUCCUCGUGAAGCUUUGCUCUUACUCGGUUUUUCGUGUGUGUUAAAACGUCGUAUUUUGUUGGAUAAACGAAGUGAUUGAUUUUUUGUGCUGAUUUUACACGAUAUCGAGUGAUAAUAAUAAAUCGUAAACAUGUUUGGAUUUU